GUUGAAAUUCCCCAGAAGGUUGUAGGGAGUUGGGAAAUAUUGGUUAAUUAAUAUUUUGUUACCGUGUUAAAGAGAAACAUGGAGGAGGAAUUACCUAUGGACAGUGAUUCCAGUGAUGAAGAUUACGUACCAGCAGGUCAUGGUAAUGAAGUGUCCGAAGAGGAAUCUGGCAAUGAAAGUGUUGAUGAACCUGGUAGUGAUACAGAAAAAACCAGUGAAAAUAGCCGAAAAAGAAAAAAACUUACCAAGACCAAGAAAAGGAAAAAAGUAAAAAUUGGUAAAACCCAAGAAGAAGAAAAAGAAGAGGAGAAAGAAAAUUCAGAAGUAUUAACAGAAGAAGAAAAAAAGAAAAAAUCUGACUCGCUCUGGGCAGAUUUUAUGAAAGACUGUGGUCCUCCAGCUAAGACCCAAUCAACAAAAACUGAAACUGAGCCCGAAAGUCAGCCUCGACCCAAAUCUCAGCCCAUACCCAAACCUGAACCCGCUAAAGUAACUCAGGUCCUUACAUUUGCUGGAGAGGAAGUACGAAUCGAGAAGCCUGCUCCAGUUGGAGAAUCAAGCAAGCGUGGCGGUCGAGCAAGCACCGGUGGCCUUAGCUCUGUGCUGAGCAUGAUCGGCAAGAAGGGUAAGCUGAGCACUCUGGAGAAGAGCAAGCUGGACUGGGACAGCUUCAAGGCCAAAGAAGGAAUAGUUGAAGAUCUUGAGAGGCACAACAAAGGCAGAAAUGGGUAUUUAGAAAAACAAGACUUCCUUCAGAGGGCAGAUCUGCGACAGUUUGAGAUAGAGAAAAACAUGAGGUCUGUGACUAGAAGGUCACUGAAUCGAUGAGCACUUAAAAUGAAACGCUAAGUGCUGCGUAUGUGCGAGAAGACAAAAAAAAAGUUUAAUGAGGGUGAAGUGGUGGUCGUUAGCGCCAAAGGGGCUCCUGCAAUAGGAACAUUCCUUAAUGUUCUAUUCCUGUCCUCUUCAGUUUAUUAAAUGAGACCGUUCUAAACUGGUCCCUGUGUCCUUUUAUUGCAUUUAAUUAUUUUUAUUGUCUUAAAAUGGUCUUCAAUAUCAUUUAUUUUGUACAGCUUAUAUUUAGAUUGUACGUACUUUUAUCUUUAUGAAUUUGAAUAAAAAUUUUUUAAUGUG